GCAAAAGCAGAGUGUUUUAUUCUGCAGAAGUCCCGCAUGCUGGGGUCUACUGUUUAUCAAGAUGGAGAUGCCCAAGAGAGCUCACAGGCCCUAUUUAAGCACAUUAGGGGGAAUUCCAGGGAGGGGUGGGUAACCUUAUCUUAAUUCACUGGCUCUAUAUCUGGGGACAUUCCAGAACCACCACUUGGGGCUGGGGGCUGUGUGGAGGGGGGGCGGGGGGGGGUGUUGACUGUUACUGGGGAAACCUGGAAACUGUUGCUGGGGAAGCCUGGAAACUGUUACUGACCAUUGCCCUUGCCUCAGGCCAGGUGGGGGGCAGCAACUGAGGGUGGGGCACUUUCUGAUUGGCUGCCCGAGGCUUAGAGGAUUUUCCAGUAACUGACUUUUGCCCAGUUCUGAGAAACAGAGAUCUAGGCCUGGUCUCCUGAACUGCCAGUUUGAAGCCUGUCAUGGAGUCAGCCUGUCUCAGUCCUCUCACUGUGCCUCAGCAUCUCAGCGUCCUCAAGGUGGAUCUUGUCAGGGCUGCUUUUCUGGUGGUUUUUCAAAGGUAAUCAACAUUUCCACUUUAACAUAAAGUGUGAAGUGCACACAAAUCAGUGAAAGAUGAGUCUUUGCUCUUUGAAGAAAUGAAAGACAUCUGUCUGUCUUUAUACGUUGGUUUGGAUUCUCUGACCAACUGUGAUAUAAACUUCCAUCCAAGCUGUAUGAAGGGAUGGAAUGGCAGGUCCCAAGUGUUCCCCAACAAGGGGAUACCCUGUCUGUCUCUCGCUGAGCUACCAUCGUUAGUCCUGUUAGCCUUUGCCACAUUUUUUGUGUAUUUCAGAAGGCUGAGCCUUUUUUUUAAUCAUCUCUAGAAAAACAUUGUUUCUAGGAACACUUUACCUAUAAUCCUUUUGACCUUAUUUAUCGUAAUUAAAACAUCUGACAAUUCUGAUUUUUCUUAAAACCUUUUAAGACUUUUUUCUAUUAAAGUAACCUCUGGUUUUGUGUCCAUUAAUCCUUUGAGCUCCUCUACCCAACUGUGAUUUUAAUUUUGGCCUCUUAUCAUUUAUAGUAGUUUGUUAUAAUAUCUGAUUUUGGGUAUCUUUAGAAUCUCUUGUUUUAUCCAUAAGAGCAGCUCUAUAGUAAAUGGCUUACUUAAGUUUUGAACAGUUGCUUGUCCUAUCAGGCUUAGAUUUAAGCCUACCAGGCUAGAAUGUUUUACCAGGCUAGAAUGUUUUUCAGAAUACUCUUUCCUUGGUGGACAGGAAAUGAAUGGCUCAUGUUGGUUUUUGUAGAGCCCGGAGCAAAGCCUCUUUGUUUUCCAACUGACAUUAAGGAAUUGCCUUGAGUAUCUUUGGAUGGCCUACAUUCAUGAGCCUUACUUCCAUCCCUUCUACACCUUCUACACUGCACAGGAGACUUCUUCCCUGGACUAUCAUAGAAUAAUUUAUCCUUAGGAACUAUUCACAGUCACAGCCACAGGCUUUGUAUGCUGAGUUUGUCCCACCAUAACUGAAUUUGGGUAUUAAACUCUAUAUCCGCAGGAGUUUUCAUCCAUUUAUAAAGAGGUACAAAUCUGGCCCUUUUAUGUCCAGUAGCCUUUUUGCACUCAGCAUUAGCAUUUUUAAAAGCGAAACAUUCAAUUAAAAUCUCUCUAGCAGUUGGAUCUGAUAUUGCUCUAUUUGGAGAUAGAGUUAACCUUGGUAAAAAGCCAGUGAAAGAUUCAUCUGGGCCCUGGGUCACCUUUGUAAAAGACUGAACUCCACCCUGUUGUAAGGCUCUGUUGUAGGACGGCAUCGUCAGGGUAAUCUGGACUCUCAAUCCAGAACAGUCCUUCACUUAGUAACUGAUGGCCGACACCAUCAGCACCUCCAUCCUAUUUCACUGCCCCACACGGAAGCCUCAUCUUUCCACCUCAGCCAUUGCAAUUGAGGGCCAGGCUUUAAGAUGGCUGGCAUCAAAUCUCUCCAUUUGAUUGGAAUUAUAUGAUUUUUUUGUGUGGCCCAGUUAUUACAUAUGGUGAAUGUAAGCCAUAGCUCAUUACUGCUUCCUUAAGCGUUCUAAAAUCCUGUGCUUCUAGAAGUUGCCAUUCAAAUUCUUGAUAACCCUGUGAAUUUCUUUCAUCUCCUCCCAAUUCCUUUAUCAAGUCUGGAAAAUCAUUUUAGGUUUUUUAACAGAUGUAGACUGCCCUUUUCAGUCUUGUUCCAAGGUGGUACUGAAUGUUUUAGCCUUCUUUCCCCUGUCUAUCUCAGUAUCUUUCUCAAUUCUAAUUAUAAUUUUUUUUCUAAUUUUUCUCCUAAGACCCAUCUCCAUUUUUUAUAUUUUCUUCUUCUUGUAGCUCUACUAUCUUAGUAUUUUCAUUUUUAUUUAUAAAUCUUUCCAAUUUCUCUUCUAUGACCUGUCUUCAUUUUUCAGAUAUCUUUCUCGUCGUAUCUCUACUACUUUAGAGUUUUCCUAAUUUUUAUUUAUAUUUUUUUCUAAUUUUUCUUCUAAGGCCUGUAACCUACAUCUUCCAGUCUUCUCCUUAUCUAAGUUUGCUUUCUUUUGAUCUCUCUUUAAAAAGAUAUAGAAAAUUUGUUAUCGUUACUGAAAAAAAUUAUUUAUAUGCUGAUAACUAUAGCAAAAAUUAUACAGACUCUAGAUGCCCUGUGCCACUGAGUUCUUUCCAUUUUUAUCAUAGAAGAUAUUUUCCCUUUAAUCUCUAUCUCCUUAAAAACUUCGAUUUACCAACUUAAACUAUAUUUGUCUACGAUGUUUUAUAUUUAGUCUCUUUCCUCUUUUAUUGUUUUCAAACUUAAUACCUUACCGGUUCAGAAGUUUGGGGCUUUUUAGUCCCAUAGCCGCUGCGGGAAAAUGUUCCUUUUGUUCUUUAGUGCGUCUGCAGGCUCCACAGACCAGCAAGUGUCUACGGUGGCUAACUUCAACCCCUCAGCUCAGUUCAGGAGGCUGCCCCCAUUGUUUCCAUCUUUCUGCAGGCCCUUCCGACCUGCUGCUCGAGAAUGGCUUUAGGUCUUUACCUGCAGCCACCGGCUGAAAGCCAGGCCUAUGUGCCCCAGCUCUGGAUCGCAAACUGCGCUUGGUUCGUGCAGCUCUGAGAAGCUGCUCGCCUGCGGGCCACGCCAGAGGCUCGUGGCCGGCCGCUGCCUGACUCAGCAGCCGCGGGAGUGCUAGACCCGGGCCGCUGCAGACGCAGGCUGGAGUGCGUUCCGGCUCGCUACCCAGUUGCUUAUAGACGGCCGCUCAAGCGCUCAGCCCGCCGCUACGGGAAAUCUUACGGGAGAGAAGCCGUGCCUGGCUUUCUAGUUUAGCACUCGCUGUCCACAACUUUUCUAAGUUGCUGGCCCCAGCAACGUCAGAUACACUCGCGGCAGAAGUUGUGGCCGCAGACGGUCACCACCAUAAGCUUUGACUGUUUCCUGAUUCGUGCAUAAUCAUCCCGUUAUUCUAAGUUCUGCCACACGUGGCUGGUUACCUGGUUCUCAGUUUUUGCUGCUAUCUCCAUCAGCGUUCUGGGGCCAAACUUGCGUCGGUGUCGAUCCCGGCAUCCACCCCGGCCCCUCUCUUUUCCAGGCAUCACACCUUCUAAUUUCCUGCCUAAGCUCACUGGCCAUUGUAUUGACCGGAGAAAGGUUUACACAGUGCACAAGAGAUUAGCUACAGAACCCAUGGCCAAAGUUUGCAGCAUCCGGAUCUUGGGGUGCGGGGACACCACCUGCGGAGACUUGUCACCGCAAGAGAGGCGAAAAUGCGAUCUCUUGCACUAUAAUUCGAUUCCGACCCCGAGCCCCGAUACACAGCGGCCAACCCAAGAACAAACGGGUUCUAAAAAAUAAUAAAAACUAGCUUCCUGCUUCCGCUGUGGUUUCUCUUCCGGCGGAAGUCUGAGAGCUUAGUGCCGGAUGUACCCACUACCCAGGAGGCUGAGAGUGCCGCUACCUGCUCCUGGCCCGUUCCCACUGCGCUCUCGCGGCGGAGUUGCCCGAUCCCGGUGCACCACGAAAAGCUCGAUCCAGGCGCAGACGCCAGCACCAUGGCUGCCCCAGACUUGUCCACCAACCUCCAGGAGGAGGCCACCUGCGCCAUCUGCCUGGAUUACUUCACCGACCCGGUGAUGACCGACUGCGGCCACAACUUCUGCCGCGAGUGCAUCCGACGUUGCUGGGGCCAGCCCGAGGGCCCAUACGCGUGCCCCGAGUGUCGCGAGCUGUCGGCGCAGAGGAACCUACGGCCCAACCGCCCGCUCGCCAAAAUGGCAGAAAUGGCACGACGCCUGCACCCGCCUUCUCCGGUCCCGCAGGGCGUCUGUGCGGCGCACCGCGAGCCGCUGACCACCUUCUGCGGCGACGACCUCAGCCUGCUGUGCCCCAUCUGCGAGCGUUCGGAGCACUGGACUCACCGGGUGAGACCGCUGCAGGAGGCGGCGGACGACCUCAAGGGGAGGCUGGAGAAGUCACUGGAGCACCUACGGAAACAAAUGGAGGACGCAAUGCUGUUCCAAGCCCAGGCUGAGGAAACCUGUGCCUUGUGGCAGAAGAUGGUGGAGAGCCAGCGGCAGAAUGUGCUGGGCGAGUUUGAGAGGCUGCGCCGCCUGUUGGCAGAGGAGGAGCAACAGCUGCUGCAGAAGCUGGAGGAGGAAGAGCUGGAGGUUCUGCCGCGCCUGCGUGAAGGCGCUGCGAGGCUUGGCCAGCAAAGCACGCAGCUGGCAGCCCUCAUCUCCGAGCUUGAGAGCCGCUGCCAGCUGCCAGCCCUGGGUUUACUGCAGACUCAAGUCUGCAGAGAGCAUGUCCUCGCCAUCUCUCUCGUAAACUCCACAGCAGCUAAGACGGGCGCCCCAAAACACAUGUUCUUUGUUGCCCAUGAAGAUGGGUGCCAGCCCCAAGGCUCCCAGCGGGCAUGCUCCAGUUCCUUGGCUAAAAGGCUGCAGUGUUGUGUGUCCGCUGCACACAUCCUCUGCUUGCCUUCCCUCACGACUAGCUGACCUGAGAUGCUGAAUAUUCGGAACAUGCUGUUAGCUAGCUGCUGAGCAGCGAGGGGCUAAUGAGAAGGGUAAGUGUCUUGUGUUCAGCCCACAUGUUGGUUAUUUCACUUUAAAUCGACAGUUGUUUGAGUCUGCAGGUGCAAAGUGAGGGCGUUCACUGAGGCGGACCACGUAAGCAGUCCCCGAGGCAGCUUCCCGUUUUCUCAAGCUGACGACAGUUGCUGUCCUCAGUGGGCACAGCCACGUGCAUGUGGCUCCUGUGUGCUGUAGGGGGAGGGGCAGGAUAGGACUUGUUUGGAUCUUUAAGUACCCAUCCUUGUUCCCGGACCCCUGAGAGCUCUCAGUAGGACUUCCAGUCCAGCCCUUUCAGCUCAUGAUGUACACUUUGUGCUCUGCACUCAGCCCAAGAUGGUCAGGCCUGUUUGUAGGGUGUUGUCUCCAUCCUUUUCUAACAGUGUAUGACAGGGGAGUUGUGGUCAAACAACAGCCUCUGAGAGGGACUCUAAGGACCCUCAGGACAAAUGACCUCAACCUCAGGAAAGUGUUCCUCAUGACCCCUCAUGGUAGGGGGUAAACUUUGAUGUGCAUUGGAGGGAGACAUUCAAACUGUAGCUGGGCCCUUAGCUCUCAGCGCCUCUUCUCUCUCCCCCUCCCUCUCCCCCUCCCCCUC